AUGUACGUCCACGCUGGUUUGCAGGCCAAGGCCAAGGACGAUGUUGUUGGAAUGAUUGAGAGCCUGGUUCAGUCGCGUGAGCAGCUGGAGCGCUCGCUGCCGCCGCUGCUGGACAAGGUGGUGUGGGCGGUGGGCGGAGUGGGCGCGGCCCACGAGCCGGCCGCGCUCGACGCGCUGAUUUGGACCGAAGCCCAGCUGGCUGGCGCCAUCGACGCCGUGCUUGAGACCGGGAGCGGAAUGCUGGUGGUUGGCAUGCUGCAAGCGUACACAGCGCUUGCGCAGCGGGCCCUCAUGAGUGUUCUGGCAGGCGGAGAGAGUGAGAACCCGGUGGAUGCUCGGGCGAGGACUUUUGUUGUCUCGACGCUGCCGCAGAACAUGGGCAAGCUGGCGGCAGCGGCCCGCAAGAUGAGCUUUGCUCGCAAGGCCUCGGGUGAGAUCGAGCUGGGAGCGCAGCUGCAGGCUGCCGCCGCCGCCAUCGUCAGCCAGGCGGUUGGCAACGGGGGGAACGCAGCGAGCCCGCACCCCGCGCUCCCUGUUCUGCGAAGCGCGCCCGGCUUUGUCGAGCUCGUUGCCGCGCUACAGAGUGAGGGCGUAUCGCUGGACACCGAUUGGGGCUUGUGGUAUGUAGUCGUUGAUGGUGCGGCGCGACUGGCGCCCACCGCAGCCGCGAUGGACGAGGUCUUUGCGUCCGUCAAGGCUCGGGUUGCCGGAAGCAACACUGAGACAAGCUCGCGCUGGUCUUGGCUCAAGGCCCGGACGCUUGUGGCGCUCUCGGGUAGCGCAGAGCGGGCUGAGCUCCGCGAGGCGGCGGCGGCGCGGCUGGCGGCCCGAACCGAUCCGUAUUUGGCGCGGGUCGUAGUCCGCGCGCAGAGCUGUGCCGGUGGGUGUGCCUGGCAUCGCGAAGCGCUGUCGGCGCAGGCGCAGGUCCAGCGGCUUCAGUUCGAGCUUGAGUCCGGCUCGACGGUUUCGACAGCACGGUACAUGCGGCUUCGUACGAGCCACGAUGCGGUCAAGGGAGAGCUCACUGAGCUCCGGGCCGCGCUCGAGGGUGGAAGCGAAAGCGCACGCCUCGCCGGCGCGCUCGAGGAGGUCAACAGCCUCAAGUACGAGCUGGCACGGGCGCAGGCUGCCUUUGCACACCUCGUUGGCGGUGCCGCGACUCCAAAGCUGAAGACCGAGCUCGCACAGCUGCGGGCGGCCAAGGCUGAGCGCGAUGUCGAGCAUGCCGCCCUGCAGGCUGCGUACGACGAGCUCCGUGCCCAGACCGAGCCUCGCGCCGACGGCAAGAUCGAAGAGAUGCAGGAUGCAAACGCCAAGUACGCCAAGUCGUGCAAGCGCCUUGAGGCCCGGGUAGCCGAGCUCGAGAAGCAGAUGCGUGAGGCCAAGAGCGGGCGGAACGCGGCCCAGUCCAAGCUUGAGCUCCUCUCGUCGCAGCAUGAUGCGCUCAAGGGCGUGCUUGCAUGCAAGAGUGGUGAGCUUGAUCAGGCGUCGCAGGCGGCAGAGCGGUUUGCGGCUCGCGCUGCGGUGCUGGAGGCCGAGAACAGCGAGCUUGGCGCCGAGCUGACUGCCACCACCCAGAAGAUGCGCAAGGCGCUAGCCGCAUCCGAGACCGAAGCUCACACCCAGCUCUUGCAUGUCCGGAUGGAGCUGCAGAUUGCACGGCGAGAGCUCGCCGAGGCUCAUUCAACGAUUGCCUCGCUGCAAUCUGAGAAUGAGGCUGCGGCGACCGCGAGCAGCCGCAUCCAGAGCGAGCUCUCCGAGAUGGCAGCCGAGAACGAGACGCUUCUUGCCGAGCGAGACAAGGCGCACACCACAAUUGCUGCCCUGCAAACGCAGGCGCAAGUGGCAGCGGAUGCCAACGAUGCCAUCCAGACCGAGCUCUCAGACGUCAUCAGCGAGAACGAGACACUCAUUGCAGAGCGCGACGAGCUCGCGUCGACAGUCGAGCGGCUUCUUUGCCUCAAGGGCGAUCUCGAGGGCACUCAGGUUGCGCUCAACGCGUACGAGGCCGAGGUGGCCGACGCCCGCCAGCGAAUGUCCGACGCCGAAGCCGAAAUCGAGGAUGCGUGCGAGGCUCUCGAGGCCGAGCAGCUGGCCCACAACGCCACACUCACCGAACUUGAGCAGGCCAAGCGUCAGCUCGAAAGCGCCCAGCUUGAGCUUCAGGAGUGUUUCGACUCGCUCAAUGCCAAACAGACUGCGGUCGCCAAGGCAAAGCUCUCAAUGCAGGCAAUGGAGGCCGACAUCAACGACGCGCGCUUCCAGAUCACCGCUAUCACCGAGGAGAAGAAGGUGUUGGAAGCAGAGCUGGAUGGCGCAAUGGCCCACAACGAGGAAAUGGAGGCUGUGGUUGAGGACGCGCUUGCCGAGGCAGACGCUGCCAAGGCUGACAACGCGCAGUUGAAGGAGGCUGUAGCCAAGAAGGACGCCGAGAUUGUUCAGGCCAAGGACACUAUCGUCCUCAUGGAAGAAGCUGUGGCACACAAGGACGCUCAUAUUGGCCAAGUCGAGACAGACGCUGCUGCUACUGCAGCAGAGCUGGCUGACCUUCGCACAACCUACCAGGAGAUCGAGACCGCGAUGAACGCGACGACCCGCAAGCUGCUUCAGCGCAACAUGGCGUGCGACGAGCUGCGCGAGGAGCUGGCAGCUCUACAGCGCAGGUUCGACAAGAAAAACGAGGAGCACACCGUGCUUCACGAGUCGUAUGCGCUGAUGGAGGACAUUGUGGCCAAGCUCAAGACCGAGGACGAGUUCCAGCGGACCCGGAUCGCAGAGCUGGAGACCGAGGUCCAGAAGCGGCACACGGCGUUGGCCGAAGUCUCGGCAUCGCUGGCCCAGGCUGGCGACGUCAUCGAGUCCGACCAGGCCGAGCUCAAGGCGCUCCAUGCCGAGUUUGAUCAUCUGCAAGGCGAGCACGCGCGUGUCGUGCAGGCUCUCGAAAAGAGCCGCGCCGCCAACAGCGAGCUGCAGGACGAGCUCAAAGCGCGGGCCCGGCGCCUCGCAGACGUCGAGGCCAAGCACGCCUCGCUGCGCGAGCUUCUCAGCUCGCCGUAA